AUGACGGACCAGCCGGGCGACGCGCACAUGGCCAAGCUGCGGCAAACGGACGCCACUCCGACGCUGGCCGAGGGGGUGGCGCAGGCGGUGCGGUCGGCGGCGGGGGCGGCGCCGGCGGAGGCAGCGCGGGCGGACAGCCGCGCAGGCUCGCGGCGGUCGUCGAUCGGGCAGCGGGAAAGCAAGGGCGACGCGAAGGCGGGGAGUAAAGGGGGGGAGUCAGCGGGGGCCCCCAAGGGCGCGGGCGGCGACGGCGGGGGCAAGAAGGCGGCGCAGGACGAGCGACAGGGCGGCGCGCAGCCACCGCCGGACCUCGCGAACAUGUCGAAGGAGGAGCGGCGGGCGUACUAUGCGGCGCAACGCCAGCAGGGUGCGCUGGACACCGCGCCGCGGAAACCGCAGACCAAGGCGGAGCGCCGCGCCCUGCAGGAGGCGCAGAAGGCGGCGAAGGCGGCCGCGCGGGCGGAAGCGCAGGGGCAGCCGGCGAAGAAGGGGGGGAGUCCCAACCCUGACGCGGGCGCAAAGCCCAAGGCCCCGAAGCCGCCGUCCGGCGCGAGCACGCGGCGCAGCUCCGACGGCGAGGCCGUCCGCGCGGACGCCGCGGGCGCGGCGCGGUCCGACCAGAAGGCCGGGGGGGGUGUCUCGGGGGCCGUCUUUGGUCCCCAGGAGAUGUUCGCCCACCUGCAGCCGUUCGACGGGGACGCGGUGGACAAGUACAUCCUCGGGGACUCGCAGCACUCCGCGGGCCUGCCGCCCGAGGUCCUGCAGCUCGCGAUGCAGUACCGCAGCGGCGCGAUCUCCGGAGCGAACGCGCGGUGCGUGGCGCUGCUGCACGUGCUGCGCGGCGUGAUCGCGAGCCACGUGCCGAGCAGCGAGCGGCAGAUCGGCAAGCACCUCACCGACAAGGUCAACCGCGUGGUGUCCUUCCUGGUGCACUUCCGCCCGCUGUCGGUCUCGAUGGGCAACGCCGUGCGGUGGCUGAAGCUCGAGCUCGGCAAGGUGGGGCUGAUGGACGCGGACGAGGCGAGGGCGUACCUGGUGGGGAAGAUCGACACGUUCAUCGCGGAGCGCGUGGAGCAGGCGGACGAGGAGAUCGUGGCGCACGCCAACGACAAGAUUGUCGACGGCGACGUCAUCCUCACGCACGCCUACUCGCACGCCGUGCUGCAAACUCUGCUCAAGGCCAAGGAGUGCGGGAAGAAGUUCCGGGUGGUGGUGGUGGACUCGCGGCCGCUGCACGAGGGCCAGCGGCUCCUGCGCGAGCUGCUCGCGAACGGCAUCCCGUGCAUGUUCACGCACAUCGGCGCGCUGAAUUACAUCAUGGGCGAGGCGACGAAGACGUUCCUCGGCGCGGCCGCGGUGCUCGCGAACGGCGCAGCCGUGUCCAGGGUGGGCACGGCGGCGGUGGCCAUGAUCUCCCAGUCCCGCAAGGUCCCCGUUCUGAUCUUCGCGGAGACGUACAAGUUCCACGAGCGCAUCCAGCUCGACUCGAUCAUCAGCAACGAACUCGGAGACCCCAAGGCCCUUCUGGAGUUCGACGGGCCGCCCCCGAAGCUCGUCGACAUGGACGCGGCGCGCGCGGCAGCUGCGACGCCCGGGAGCGGCCUGACGCUGCUCAACCUGACGUACGACCUCAUGCCUGCGGAUCUGAUCACGUUCGUGGUGACGGAGUACGGCCUGGUGCCGCCGACGUCGGUGCCGGUGAUCCUGCGGGAAUACCGCAAGGAGUUCUCGCUCACGACGUGA